AUGGAAAAGGAGUACCUGUCGGGAUUGUCGCUUCACCUUGUUACUGUGGCUCUAUCUCUUGCGUUGUUUAUGGCCCAAAUGGAAUCUUCUAUUGUUAGCACAUCUUUGAUUGCUAUCACCAAUGAACUUCAAGGGUUUGAUAAAAGCUCUUGGAUACUUACAGCAUACCUCCUCACAUACACUGGUUUUGUGAUAAUUUGGGCAAAGUUAAGUGAUAUCGUUGGCAGAAAGCCACCGAUUCUCGUUGCUAUGUGUCUUUUCGUUGUUUUUUCUGGGGCUUGUGGAGGAGCUCGAACCCUUAUACAAUUAAUCAUGUUUCGUUGCAUACAAGGUUUGGGUGGUUCAGGAAUCUUCUCGCUAGGAGUAGUAAUCAUUUUUGAGAUGGUACCACCAAGAAAGUUACCAGAUUACACCGCAUUGAUGGCGGUAGUCUUGACUUGCUCUGUCACUUUUGGACCUUUGUUAGGUGGGAUUAUCAAUAAUCACACCACAUGGAGGUGGAUCUUUUACAUAAAUAUUCCAACUGGUGUGGUGUCACUUUUACUUCUGAUAUUCAUAUUACCAGCCAAAUUACCAGGUCAAAGUGAGUUAUUACGUAGCAGGCCAGAUUCUCUGGAUGCACCAUUGUUGAAAACAUUUCAACGCAUUGACUUUUUCGGCGCACUUCUGCUCCUCGGCGCAUCGACCCUACUUGUGACGGCCUUUCAGCAAGCCGCCGUUGGUGUGUCUUUCAGUUCCGCCAAAGUGGUCCCUUUGCUUGUGAUUUCGGGACUUAUGUGGAUUGGAUUUGUGAUCUGGCAAUGGUUCAUUACUACCAGAAGACAAAACCCAGAACCUGUAUUCCCAUGGAGGUUUCUUGCGAGUAGAAUAGUUAUGGGAAUGACUUUAAAUUCCUUUUGUGCUGGAGCUCUCUUGGUCGUCUGUACAAUCCAGAUACCUCAGCGCUACCAAACUGUGAAUGGAGAUUCAGCUUUUGCUGCUAGCACACGACUUAUUGCUUUCAGUCUCGUUGUUCCAGUAGGAGCAAUGAUUGGAGCAUUACUAGUUGGCAAAACAAAGAUCCCACCUAUUUUUCUCGUUGCGGCCGGAGGGCUGUUAGAGAUUGGUGGAGCUGUUGGUUUAUUUAUGGAACCGACUGAAAAUUUGAUCAAGGGAUGGGAGUAUGGCUGUCAAGUCCUCGCUGCAGUCGGAAUUGGGUCAAUCAAUAGUAUAUUGUUACUGAUGAUUCCGUAUGUUGUACAAGAGAGGGAUGUUGCGGUUGGAACAGCUACAAUGGCACAAGCCAGAGUUCUUGGUGGCGUUCUCGUCCUUGCCAUUGUUGUCAGCAUCAUGAACAGGUCGAUCCGAUCCGAUCUGUUACAGGUCUUAUCACUAGGAGAGGUUGAGGCACUUUUGCAAACAACAGACGUCAUUAAAUCAUUCUCAGCAGAGGUGCAGGCUCAGGUUGGUGCUAUUUUUGGGAAGGGUUAUAAUCUUCAAAUGAAGAUAGUAAUUGGUUUUGCCGUUGCCCAAAUACCAGCCACUGCCAUGAUGUGGACCAAGAAACCAGUCAUGGUCACCAAAUGA